ACUCACUGCUGCUCUGACUGUGGGAAGAGAUUCACCUCCUCAUUAGGCAUUAAAAUUCAUCAGAGAAUCCACACAGGAGAGAAACCUUAUAGCUGUGGUCAAUGUGGGAAGAGUUUUGGUCGGUCUGGAAAGCUGAUUUUACACCAGAGAACACACACAGGAGAGAAACCUUUUAGCUGUGAUCAAUGUGGGAAGAGUUUUACUUCAUCUGAUCAUCUGACAGUACACCAGAGAAUACACACAGGAGAGAAACCUUAUAGCUGUGAUCAAUGUGGGAAGAGUUUCACUACAUCAAGCAUUCUGACUGUACACCAGAGAAUACACACAGGAGAGAAACCUUAUAGCUGUGGUCAAUGUGGGAAGAGUUUUGGUCAAUCUGGAGAACUGACUUUACACCAGAGAAUACACACAGGAGAGAAACCUUUUAGCUGUGAUCAAUGUGGGAAGAGUUUUACUACAUCUGAUAAUCUGACAGUACACCAGAGAACACACACAGGAGAGAAACCUUAUAGCUGUGGUAAAUGUUGGAAGAGUUUUGGUCAAUCUGGACAUCUGACAGUGCACCAGAGAAUACACACAGGAGAGAAACCUUAUAGCUGUGAUCAAUGUGGGAAGAGAUUUGGUCAAUCUGGCCAUCUGACAUCACACAAGAGAACACACACAGGAGAGAAAUCUUAUAGCUGUGAUCAAUGUGGGAAGAGUUUUGCUGAUUCUGGCUCUCUGACUCAACACCAGAGAACACACACAGGA